GUGCAUAAUUAUGUUUAUUAACCCAUUUAUGCCUAGUUGACACUCCUAUCCUUCUAAAUUGGAUCAAUUUAUUUCCAAAAUUAGGGAUGUCUAGUAUACUUAUUUCUAUAUUUAGAAUAUUUCUAACAGAAAUUACUGUAAGCAAACAGCGUAGACCCUAAUGAGACACCGCAUUGUGCGGCGUCUCAUCUGUGUAAAGGCUGUUUGCCAAGGCCUUUUUUCUAGACGCUAGGCAUAAAUGGGUUAGGGCAUGUAGAUUACAGGUAAUUUUUCCCGGGUAUAAAAACGAGCUACACGCAACAAAAUAUAAUUAAAUAUAAAUUAACAGGAAAUGGUUAUGUUUUCUUUACUUUCAAGAAUUGUCCUUGGACUGUCCUCUAUGAGCCCAAAAUGGUAAAGGCAAACUUCUCAGUAAAAUAGGCGCAGAUGAAACAGUUAUAGAUACAAUGCAGCAGUAUCCUCCUGAUGUUCAAUACAUCUCGUUGAGAGUAAGGUGCGCACGUGGUAUUCAAUGCAAAAUAUUUAACUUGUGCCGGGGUCAUAGAUUUAAAUCGCGUGGUGUCCACACAAAAUUGUCUGUAACCUGAACCGUUGCGCAAGUCACCCAUAAGAAGUCACCCAUACGCUUGAACAGACGGAAGUAUUUUCGCCAGUGUUUGGAAGUUCGAGUGUGAUAAAUCAUCUAUCCAACAGCACGGUUGAGAUUUAGACAUCUGAAUACAGAAUCAAUAGAGCAGAAAUCUACUAUGUACAAUCUAGUAAAAUGUCUACCUAGAUAAGUACGUAAGCAGUGAUAACAUUUAAUAAGGUAAUAUUGACAUUCGCAAGGCUUUUUGAGCUUGCCAUUCAUAGGAGGUAUUGAAGCUCUGUUCGCGAUUUUUAUAGUUUAAAUUUGUGCUUUAUUAAAGAUAUCGUUAGCAGGAAUAUAGUGGAUAUUCAGCCACCCAGGCAUCCUUUCCGUCAUGAAUGGAAAGAAGGAGAACGGCAAAAAGGAAAAGAAGUUGAAACAUAUCAACCACAUUUCACAACCGCUCAACAUCCGACACAACUUUCACCUGGGCGCUGAUGGCUUCUCCGGAAGCUUUAACGAGGAGGAAAUCCGUAAUCUGUUCUCCAAUGCAUCCAAAACCGGACCUAUAACGAGUCCUAGAGACACAGCACCAGUUGAGGAAGGCGUAAUUAAACCACAGCCGGAAAAGUUUCCCCCAACUCCAUGCAGAAGCCGCGAUAUUUCGAGAGCGAAUUCGGUCGCUAGCGAUACGGAUCUCGUGGUCAGAUUGAAAGAAGUCCUCAUUCCAGCUCUGCGAUUCGAAAUUGACGAGCUUCUUGACAAAAAGCUUGCCAGAAUAAUACCAGAGCUUACCGCAUACAUGACAGCGGACAUCCAUUGCAGAACUUGCCAAUGUCAUGAUAAAGUUCUCAACCAGAAAAGAAAAAGUGAGCUAGCAAUAAUGAAAGAUAAUAGUGCAAUAACGAAUGGAAUUACUCAGGACAAUAGAAACAGCCCAUACGAUGAACGAGGAUCAAAACAGGACAGAGGAAGGCAUGGAUUACAAAAACAGUCUAAUUCGAAAGUCGAUUAUCUAAACGAAAUACAGACCAAAGACGCUGCUGAUUUCUUGAGAAAGCAGACACUAGAAUCAUUGGAAACUCUUGAUGUGUCCACUUCCAACACUCCCAUGGAUAGAGGUCAUUUAUUGGGUACAGACAGACUUGAUUUCCGAAAUAAUGGAGAUAAUUGGUCAUACAAAGACGUGUCCUCUCCUAGUAAUGACAUCCCGAAGGCAUCUACUGGAAUCAAAAACAACUACAGCAAUGGCGAACAUAGAGAAGAGAUGUCAUAUGGUGAUGAACGCGACUGUCUUGCGAAUGCAAUAGAAUCCAAUGCCAAGCAUGUAUUACGCCUACUCGAGGGAGAUAUCAAUGAAUUCACGGAACAACUUUUGUCAAACGGUUGUCUUACAGAACAAGACAAUAACGCGCUACAAGCAGUAAAAACUUUACAAGAACAAAGUUCGCAUUUACUUACCAUAAUAGCCGGCCGAGAUCUCCACGUGUUGAGGUCAUUCCUUGGGCUCGUCAAACAGCGCAACGCGGAGUUAUAUACGCACAUUUCGCAACGGUUUGAUCAGAAUUCAAGGCAGGGGUAUGUGAAUGGUAAAUGUGUAGUUUGCCGGCUAAAGCGCUACGUUGACGUUAGGUAUAUUUUAGAAACAUUACGCUCCUCAGGGAUCGUAGAUGACGACUUUCGAGACUUGGCAGUUCGCGCUGAUGUGCGGAUUGGAGGACAGAAUUCCAUUUGGGGUCUCACAAUACAACGAUCAAACGAGGCAUUUCAGACAAGUCCGAAUGUUGUUAACAACGCUCUACAGUUUGCGCUAGCCCAACACAGCCAUUACGAAUACUUGUCGGUUCUGGUUGAAAAAGCAUUCUCCACAGAUGGAUGCUUGAUUUGCACGUGUUCGCCUUUACGUCCGGGAUUUGGAGAAACGAAUCCCAGUACGUUUUCCUUCGAAGAUUCGUCAAAAUCAAAAUCAUCCAAUACACAAAAGCACUAUACGAAAAAGGAUGCAGAAAAAUCACAAGGCGGGCAUCGGCAAAAUAUUAUGUCCCCAACGCAUCCGCAGUCAAGAAAUACGAUCAACGAAGGGCCGAGACCUCGUGUCUUGAACGAGAACCCGGAGGUUCUCGUGGACGCGUAUAACAAAAGUCAUGGAUAUUUUGAUAGCCCCAGGAGUCCAAACUACAAAGAAACCGUUGCUGACAACAGAACAAACGAUAGGGACACGUACUCAAGAAGCAAGACACAAAACGAACGUCUUCGUAGCCCAACGAACACAGUUUUUAAAGAAAUUGGAGCCGAUAUCAAUUCGAUCGAAAACGAAAAUAAUAUUGCAAGAAAUAAGACACACAUUGCGCGAUUUAGUAGCCCGGUUCACCCAGUAAUUCAAGAAGACAGAAAAACUCCGGAUAAGGGCGUAUUUCGAGCACAUCAAGACCGUAUUCCUGACCUGUCCUCGUACCUCAUCGGGAACGGCAAAACUGAGUCUACGCAAGUUAUUGACGCACAAAAAUCACAUGACAAGUCACUCCAACGGUCUUCUAGCUUAGAAGUUUUAAAUGAAGAUUUUUCAUAUUUAGAAAAAGAGGUCACAAGCUUGAAGACGAAGAAAUCGCAGUUUCAUGAUCCGAAACGGGAUCUGAAAGAAUCACCGUUUAAUGAUCCCAAAAUGGAUCCGCGGAUCCCGGUUCCAGCACUGAGGAAAAGCCUAAUGGUGACAAAGGAGGGCAAGGACUUGAAGGCAUCUUUUGUGUAGAACAAUAAAGUCAAGGACAAUUGUUUGUGGCGCCUUGCUCUGGGACAACGGGGCUUAAUGCAGGUGCGUGUAAUGUAGUCUCUGAUCAGCCUGUGCAGUCCACACAGCUAAUAUGGGACGACCCUUCCCGCUGUAUUGUAUUUAAAAGGUGGUGUCAGCUAAUAUGGGACGACCUUCCCGCUGUGUUGUAUUUAAAAGGUGGUGUCAGCUAAUAUGGGACGACCUUCCCGCUGUGUUGUAUUUAAAAGGUGGUUUCUUCACAAUGAACGGGAUCUGUAACCACUAUAGUAGAAACCAAACAAUAAUGAACAUUUUGACACAAAACUUUAAAAUAGUAAACAGGAAGAUUUUUUUAAACACGGAAAUAAUCUCAUUUGAAUCAUACAUGUAUGAACACAACUUAAUGAUUCAUACAGUUUUACAUUAUCAGUUGGAAAUGUAGAUUAUAGUUUGAAUGUUUAGGUAGUUAACAUAUUGUCAAGGUUGUGGAAAAAAAACACAAAAAGGAAUACGUUAUUCGUGGUGACGAGCGUACUUUAAUACUAACACCCUUUUGUUUUGUGUUAUUACUGUAUCACAACUCAAUCAUGUUGUUUAUUUCAGAGAUUAACGACUCAAAUUAAUAAAUAGAAACACUGAUCUUACUUAAUUAUUGCUUAAUACCUUUACAUAUAUUUCUUUCCAAAAUGAAUAUACCGUAUACGAAAAACAAUAGGUUAUUAAUUAAGCAAUCUUUAAAAAAAACACAAAUGAUUUGAUAUUAUUGUAUCAAUUAUUGAAUAAAAUGAAUGUAACGAAACAUAGCAACAAAAUUUAAUACUUAUGAAAAAAGUAGUCUUAAAUGGUAUUAUAUGAUGCAUUUUUUAAAAUAUUAUCGUCCUCUUUAUGACUUAAUAAUAUAUAUGUGUAUUUAUGUGCUUACAGCUAUGUUAUAUGUACACAUACAGUGUGACCAUUAUGCGAUAAAUUUAAAUAAUAUAUUUUCUUAUUGUUUGUGAUAUAUAUAUUUGUUAAUUGUUGGUGAUUAAUCGAAAUAAACAUUUUUAUAUACA